CAAAAAAAGGCUGGAGGAGAAGGCACGAGUCAGUGGACUGGACCGAGAAACAAUACAGAGACAGAAGAAGAGACACGGGGAGGACAAAAGACAAAGGCAACACCUGCAGAGCCCCCCCCCCCUCCACAGUCAGCCUGAAGAAGCUUCUGUGGACGGAGCGAGGAGGCAGGGAGCCUCACUCUGAGUGUGGAGGCAGCAAACACACCCACCAACUUACUGCUGUUUACUCCCCUCAGCUCUCCAGAGGCUCGGGGCGGUCCCUGGAGUGUGUGUCUGCUUUGGCGCGUGUGGGUGUGUGUGUGUUUCUUCAUGUGUUGAUGAGUGUGUGGGUGUCUUGCAUCACUUUUGAUGGGACAUUGAGAGAUGUGUGUGUCACAGCGUCGGUGGAUGGGCUGUAGGGGGCUGUGCUCCCCCACCCUCCCCCUGAUCCUCCUCCUCCUGCUCCCUCUGUCCUUCCUCUCCUCCACACCUCCGUUCGCUCAGGGAGCCAUCCACAUCCCCAAGACCUAUAAACAGCGUAACAUACUGCAGCCUCCGGUGCUGACAGAGACGCCGAAAUCACAUACAGUGUUUUCUCGAGAAGACCUCAGUCUGACCUGUGAGGCCACCGGUAACCCGACACCCACGUUCCGCUGGGUGAAAGAUGGCGAGGUGUUGGGGUCGGAGAGUUUAGGAUCCGGAACGCUGAGAGCCGAUAAUUCUUCCCUGGAAUUGUUAGAAGGUUACUACUGCUGCUACGCCUCCAACAGCCUGGGCACCGCCAUGACGCAAACCGUGAAACUCAUUGUUGAGCCUCAGCCGGUUCUUCUAAAACAGCAGGUAAUACGUAAGCGAGCAUCCAAGGGCCAGAGCAUCGUCCUGUCCUGCAACCCUCCAGAGAGCUCCACUCCUCCCAGCAUCCACUGGAUGAACAUGAAUCUGAUGCACAUCUCACGGAGCGAGAGAGUGACGAUCGGCCUGGACGGGAACUUGUACUUUGCGAACCUCGAGCAGAGUGACAGCAAAGAGGACUACAUCUGCCACGCCCAGUACAAAGAGGCCAGGACUAUCCUCCCCGCCACCUCCGUGUCCCUGACUGUCGAGCAGAGUAACAAUGUUGCUAAUGAAGAAAAACCCCGCUUCUUCCAUCCCAGCGUGCACCACUCCAAAAUCAUGGCCCUCAGGGGUCACAACGUCACCCUCGAAUGUUUACCCAAAGGCCUACCCACUCCGAAGGUGGAAUGGAGGAAGAAGGAUGGUAUCCUGGAAAACACGACUGGUCAGGUCACUAACUUUGACCGCUGGCUUCGCUUCAACAACAUCACUCAGGAUGACGACGGCGAGUACGAAUGCAAAGCCUCCAACAUCCACGGCUUCGCCACACGCUCCUUCACGGUCACGGUGGAAGCGGCUCCUUACUGGGUGAAGGAGCCCCAGGACCUAAUGUACACCCCAGGGGAAACAGUGCGACUGGACUGUCAGGCUGAAGGCAUCCCGAAGCCCACCAUCACCUGGAGAAUCAACGGUCAGCUGUUCACAGAAGUGGAUGAAGAACCUCGGCGCAUCGUAACAGGCGGAACGUUGAUCAUGAGGGACGUUAACACUGGAGACACCGCCGUGUACCAGUGUGAAGCCACAAAUGUGCACGGCUCCAUCCUCCUCAACACCUACCUCUAUGUUGUCGAGCUCCCCCCUCAGAUCCUGACCCCCGAUUGGAUUGAGUACAGGGUCACUGAGGGUGGGGAUGUUGCGCUUCACUGUGAAUCUUUUGGUUCACCACGACCCCACAUCACAUGGGAGGGUGAGGACAUGGCUCCUCUGCUCUCGGACCCUCGUAUCUCCCUGCUGACCAACGGAACCAUCAAACUGUCCAACGUCGGCCACGAUGACAGUGGAGUGUACAUCUGCUCUAUAGUGAACUCCAACAUCUCCAUCACUGCUGACCUGAAAGUCUUCAAUCGAACUGUGAUACUGUCGGGCCCCCAGGACGUCCGCGCUCGCCAAGGAGCCAACGCUUUCCUGCACUGUCAGUUCUACAUCGAUCCUCAGCUGCAGCGUUACCAGGUUGUCUGGAAGAGACACGGUCGGAAACUAGACGAGUCGUCACUAGAUGACAAGUACACAAUCUUGGAGAACAGCACACUGAAAGUCACCGACGUCCAAUUAAACGAUACCGCACAAUAUUCCUGUGAGGUCAUCACUGACCUGGACCACGUGAACGCCCAGAGCUCCAUCACUGUCAUAGCGCGUCCGGAUCCUCCCAGUUAUCUGUCUCUGUCUCGUACUGAGGAUCACAGUCUCACUCUCAGCUGGACCCCAGGACCCUUCCACAACAGCCCCAUCACAGAGUUCAUCAUAGAGGCUCAGGUGGAGUACCACACGGAGGAGAUGAAGAGGAAGUGGGAGGAACUGAAGAGAGUGCCCGGCAACUUCAACCACGUGGAGCUGAGCCUCCAUCCGUACAGCACCUACCGAUUCCGGGUCAUCGCCAUAAACGAGGUUGGCCAGAGCAGCCCCAGCAUCGCCUCAGACCACCACAGCACGCCACCUGCUGCUCCUAGCAGUAACCCCACAGGAGUGCGCAGUAACUCCUCGGAGCCGGGGACCCUGAUCAUCAUAUGGGAUGAGAUGGACAAGCGUUCGCAUAAUGGCAAGGACUUCGAGUACGAGGUGCUGUGGAGGGAGGCCGAUGGCUCGGAUGUAAACUGGAACUCGGGCCGUGUGAAGUCUCCCCCCUUCAUAGUGAACAACACAGGGACGUACACACCAUUUGAGGUCAAAGUCAAAGCUGUCAACGCCAUCGGAGGAGGACCGGAACCAGAGCCUGAGAUCGGACACUCCGGAGAGGACAAGCCAGAGGAGGCCCCCACUGGAGUCUCAUCCACCGUGAUGAACAGCACCGUCAGAGUGCGCUGGGACAAAGCCCAGAAGGUCCGAGGUCGCCUGCGGGGAUACAGGAUCUACGUCGAGAGGUUGGGUCCCCAGGAAGACCGGACCCGGAGGUCCCUCAUAAAACACCAUCAUGAAGAGGACAGAGGAAGAAAAUCAGAGCAAUCGAGGGGCGGAGAGAAGGACAGCUGGAUGGUGGAGGUCGACCCCAAUAAGACCUCGGAGGAGGUGACGGGUCUGCGACUGUUUUCUAAGUAUGAGCUGACGGUCACUGCAUUUAACAGCAAAGGGGAGAGUCCGCACUCCCCGCCACACAAAUUCAGCACCCCAGAGGGAGCUCCGGGUCCUCCUGCAUCUCUGAGUUUUGAGAGCCCAACAGAAAAAUCCCUGAUCCUCUACUGGACGGCUCCACGUGAAAUCAAUGGCAUUCUGCAGGGAUACACGGUGCAGUACCAAGAGGUGGAGAGCAAAGACACCACUAUAAAGAUGGAGCCACUCAGUGACCCCAGUGUGAACUACCUUAGGUUGGACAACCUGGACCCCAACAGCCAUUACAUCUUCAGCGUGAUAGCACACACACGUGCUGGAGUUGGUCCUCCCAUCACACGCAGGGGUGCCACCCUGCUCGAUGGAGUGCCUCCAUCGAACAUCACCGUAAUGCCUGGUAACACAUCAGUCAGCCUGAGCUGGGUGCCCGGAGUGCGAAACCGAAACCACGGCUUCCACAUCCACUACCUCAGGAAGAGCGGAGGCAGUCAGUGGGAGAUGUCAGAAGUGGUGAACUCUACACAGGGUUCCUAUACGCUGAUGGGCCUCCAGCCAGGAGCUGACUACCACCUGAAGAUCAUGCAUGGAAACUCCACUCAGUGGGAAGGCGAGGCAAAGACGGUAGAAUCACUGUCAGUGGUGAGAGGCAACUUCACCACCCAAGGCUGGCUGAUAGGACUCAUCAGCGCCAUCAUGCUGCUGGUUCUCAUACUGCUCAUCCUCUGCCUCAUCAAACGCAGCAAGGGUGGCAAAUACGCAGUGAAGGACAAAGAAAGCAAGGAGGUGGACUCUGAAGCUCGACCAAUGAAAGAGGAGACCUUUGGAGAGUACAGAUCCCUGGAGAGCGACGGAGAUGAGAAGCGCUCGGACAGCCAGCAGUCUCUGGAAGAAAGUAAGAUGGGCAGCGUCGACUCUCUGGCUGAAUACGGGGACAGCGUGGACAUCCAGUUCAACGAGGACGGCUCCUUCAUCGGCCAGUACAGCGGCCGGGCAUCUGCUCCCCACGGCAACGGGAGCUCCGGCCCCGCCUCCCCGGUUAAUGCGGUCCCGCCUCCUCCUGUCGCCCCCUCCAUGUCGAGCAUCCUCAACCGGCCCAGCUAGAUGCACACAUGCCCACUGCAAAACGACUAAACCUACAGAAACACACACACACACACACACACACACACACACACACAGAGCGAUAACCAAACACAAACGGACAGACCACUCCUGACUCCACUGCCUGUUAUGCACACACA